CCUCCCCGCCGCCGCCGGACGCAGCCGCCGCCGCAGCAGCCAUGGGCGCGUACAAGUUCGUCUCGGAGCUAUGGAGGAGGAAGCAGUCCGACGUGAUGAGGUUCGUGCAGCGCGUGCGUUGCUGGGAGUACAGGCAGCAGCCGGCGAUCGUCCGCAUCACCAGGCCCACCCGCCCCGACAGGGCUCGCCGUCUCGGCUUCAAGGCCAAGCAGGGGUAUGUGGUCUACCGUAUCCGUGUCAGGCGUGGUGGCAGGAAGAGGCCAGUGCCCAAGGGUAUCGUCUAUGGUAAGCCCAAGCACCAGGGUAUUACCCAGCUCAAGUUCCAGCGCAACAAGAGGUCUGUUGCUGAAGAAAGAGCUGGACGCAGGCUGGGGGGUCUUCGCGUCCUGAACUCCUACUGGGUGAACGAGGAUUCCACCUACAAGUACUUUGAGGUCAUCCUUGUUGACGUUGCACACAGCGCUGUCCGCAACGACCCAAGGAUCAACUGGCUCUGCAACCCUGUGCACAAGCACCGUGAGCUGCGUGGUCUCACCUCUGCUGGCAAGAAGUUCCGUGGUCUGCGCGGAAAGGGUACCCGCCACCACAAGAACAGGCCCUCAAGGAGAGCCACCUGGAAGAAGAACCAGACCGUCUCCCUCCGCCGCUACCGUUAAGCCUAUGUGCUUUGCUGUUCUGUCUCUGUGGAAUCUGUCCUAUCCAGACCUUGAUAGUAUCUGUUUGAGCCAGUCAAUUUUUGCUACCUUCGUUCUGAGACUCCUUGAGCGUUGUUGAACUAUUUGCUAUUUGUCUGUGUUACUGGAUGAUGAAAUGGUUUAGUGUUAUAAGAUUGUGUGCAAUGGUUGCUUUUA